AUGGCGCAUGAGGAGAAGCUUCCAUUUGAGUUGACUGAAGAAAUACUCUCUCGUGUCCCACAAAACUCUCUUGUUCGCUUCCGAUCCGUAUCAAAACAAUGGAACGCUCUCUUCGACGAUAGGACCUUCAUCAACAACCACAAGAAGACGUUUCGAUUCAUUUUAACAACCAAAUACAAAAUCUAUUCAGUAAGCAUCGAUCCCAAGAUAGAGGUGCGUGACUUAACCUUGGAUAUUCCCGGUUUAGAAUCUCAGAUACCUAAAAACUUGGUUGAUUGCGAUAAAUUAUUGCUAUGUGACAUGGAGAAAGGAGCUGCCGUUUGGAACCCGUGGCUGAGACAGGCUAGAUUGAUCAACCAGGAUUUAGACCAAACUCAAAUUCAAUCUUAUGGCAUAGGAUACAACAACAAAGGGAGUUACAAGGUCGUUGCUUCUUGUGGUCGGAAGUAAGACCCUACUAAGAGCUUGGUGACUAUCCAUGACUUUGCCUUAGAUGCGUGGAAAGAUCGUAGGGAGUCAGUGCCUGGACUAAGAUCUGCUACAUUACACACCACAAGGGGUGUCUCGUUGAAUGGAAAUUUGUAUUGGGUUUGUUACUAUGACAAGACUGAUCCUGUUUAUCACCUAACUAAAUUCAACUCUUGCAGCGAAAGAUUCUUCCGGUUUUGUUAUCUAAAUUGUGGGACGACAAAUUUUCUUAAGGAUGUUCUUGUCCUCAGGGUUUUUAAUGGAGAUCGGUUUUCGUUGUUAAAGCAAUGCCAUGCAACAAAGAAGAUUGAGAUUUGGGUGAACAAGUACAAGAUUAAUAGUGAACUUGAUAAUGAAGAAAAUAUGGAGUGGAUAAAGUUCAUGGAAAUGUCAAGUCCUAACUUGCCGGAUUUGGUAGAAACCAGAUUCAACUCUCCGCCAAGUUACUUCAUUGAAGAUAAAAGGCUUGUUGUGUGCUCAUGCGACGAAACUGGUCGGGCUUGGAUCUAUGUUUUGGGGCAAAAUAAGUUGAUCAGUAAAACUCAAAUACAUUCUCUGACGGAUCUUUGGCCUUCGCAUUGUACCUUUAUUCCCAGUUUGGUACCGGUUCCUCGAGGUGGACGUGAAGAAGUAGCGGAAUUACAAGUUUGA